UCGCUCCCUGGCUGAUCAUCCGUCCCGCAGUUUGACUUGGCGACUAUAUUGCCAUCUUGCAGCCUGCCCCUUCACCAAACAGUGCGUGUUUUCUGAUAUGUACGGUUCUCAGUCCUUACAGAUUUCUGCUUCUGAAUUACAAACCGAUAAACGACACCGAUAAAAAUGUUACUUACCUCUGCUACUGUCAUCAGACCCACUGCUACUGCUAUUACGUCCCAAUCAAGAGCAUUUCAUAAGCCCAUUACGAUUUUCACAACGAAACUGGCAUUCAAUUCCCAGAAAUGGGUUUGUACUGGCCAGAGUCAAAAUUCCAGGGUUGGUUCGAUUAGGAAUGCUGAUACUAGUUCAACUGAGGAGGAUGUUGAAUCUUUUGAACAAGAAAAUUUCAUUAACAGGGCUUCAAAUUUUGAGACUGGUGGAAUCGAAGCUACCCUCAAUAAUUUGAGUAAGUGGCUUGUGGCGGUGCUUUUUAUGACUCUCAUCUGGAGGCAUGAUCCUGGAACAUUAUGGGCUGUUAUAGGUGUUUCGCUUAAUGGUAUACUUGCAAUCGCUCUGAAGAUGAUAUUAAACCAAGCGAGGCCUAUUUCUACCUUAAAGGCAGACCCUGGAAUGCCAUCUUCGCAUGCACAGUUCAUGUUCUAUGCAGUUGCAUUCGUUAAUUUGUCAAGUCCCCAUCGGAUUAGUCGAGGUGUGCUUAAGCUGGCGCGGACACACACGAUCAUUAAAAAAAAAAAAGUUCUGGAAUUUUACGGGAUUAAUGCACUUUCGACAACCCUGUGUGGACUUGUCUUUAUAUUUGGAUCUUAUUUUUCAUGGCUUCGGAUUUCGCAAAAAUUCCAUACAACUAGCCAAGUCGUCGUGGGAGCUGUGUUGGGGUCGAUUUUCUCAAUAUUUUGGUACUGGUCAUGGAAUGCUUUUGUGUUGAAGUCAUUUACAUCCUACUUGUGGGUUAGAGUGCUGAUUGUUCUAUGUUCUAUUGGAUUUUGCAUCAAAUUUCUGGUUUAUGUUUUCCAGUCUUGGAUUCUGCCUGAUGAAUGAUACUCAGAUCCAUUCUUAGACAGUAUAUGCAGAGAUGCUUGUUUUGCAUGUGUUAUGUCCACACCACUCCAAUGUACUAAAUAUGUGUGCCUUCAUAUCUAAUGGAAAGCUGAUUUUACUUGUGGGGCAAAAAAA